CAGGCCUGCUGAGCCGCAGGAAACAUGGGAGCGGGUUCCAGGACGUCUUAGCUGUCUGUGCCUCCCCGCGCUGCAGUGGCUGAGUGUGCUGGCUGGAAGCCUCCCUCCCUGCUCCAGGAGUAGCUGAGGACCACCCUGGAGGCCUGCAGGAUGGAAGGGGCGAGGGAAGAGAAGCUGACAUCUGUGUCUAGCCUGGUCACUGUGUUUGAGAACUGCAGGACCCCAGGAGCAGGGCCCAAAGCCCACCAGCAGGAAGAGGUGCCUCACUGCUCUGGGGGCAGGCCUCCGCCCCUCCCAGGGCCGUGGGAGAAGCCAGACAUGGAGGUGGCCCCGGCGGCACAGCCCAGGACGGUCAGCAGGAGGUACCUGAGCUCCCUGAAGAACAAGCUGUCUGGCGGGGCCUGGAGGAAAUCCUGCCAGCCUGGGACCUGCCCUGGGCCAGAGACACAGGAGCCUGAGAAGAGGAUCGUCCAGGAGCUGCUGGAGACGGAGCAGGCAUACGUGGCACGCCUGCACCUGCUGGACCAGGUGUUCUUCCAGGAGCUGCUGAGGGAGGCCCGCAGCAGCAAGGCCUUCCCUGAGGACGUGGUCAGGCUCAUCUUCUCCAACAUCUCCUCCAUCCACCAGUUCCACGCGCAGUUCUUCCUCCCUGAGCUGCAACGGCGCCUGGACGACUGGGCGGCCACCCCCCGCAUUGGCGACGUGAUCCAGAAACUGGCCCCGUUCCUCAAGAUGUACAGUGAGUACGUCAAGAACUUUGAGCGAGCGGCGGAGCUGCUGGCUGCCUGGACCGACAAGUCUCCGCCCUUCCAGGAGGUGAUCACCCGCAUCCAGAGCAGCGAGGCCUCGGGCAACCUGAGCCUGCAGCACCACAUGCUGGAGCCCGUGCAGCGAAUCCCCCGCUACGAGCUGCUGCUCAGAGACUACGUGCAGAAGCUCCCGGCCCAGGCCCCGGACCGGGCUGACGCCCAGAAGGCUCUUGACAUGAUCUUCUCGGCGGCUCAGCACUCCAACGCGGCCAUCGCUGAGAUGGAGCGGCUGCAGGACCUGUGGGAGGUGUACCAGCGCCUGGGCCUUGAGGACGACAUAGUGGACCCCUCCAACGCCCUGCUCCGUGAGGGCCCCGUCCUCAAGAUCUCCUUCCGCCGCAAUGACCCCAUGGAGCGCUACCUUUUCUUGUUCAACAACAUGUUGCUCUACUGCAUGCCCAAGGUCAUCCAGGUGGGCGCCCACUUCCAAGUGAGGACCCGCAUCGACGUGGCCGGGAUGAAGGUGCGGGCGCUGACGGAUCCCGAGUUCCCCCACUCCUUCCUGGUGUCCGGGAAGCAGCGCACCCUGGAGCUGCAGGCGCGGUCCCAGGAGGAAAUGAUUUCCUGGCUACAGGCCUGCCAAGCAGCCAUCGACCAAGUAGAAAAGCGCAAUGAAACCUUCAAGGCGGCGGUGCAGGGGCCCGAAGGCGGCCUCCAGGAGCCGCAGCUGCAGUCCGAGGAGCUGGGCCUCCGGGCGCCGCAGUGGGUCCGGGACAAGAUGGUCACCAUGUGCAUGCGCUGCCGGGAGCCCUUCAACGCCCUCACGCGCCGGCGCCACCACUGCCGCGCAUGCGGCUACGUGGUGUGCGCCAGGUGCUCCGAGUACAGGGCCGAACUCAAGUACAACGCGAACAGGCCCAGCCGCGUGUGCCUCGACUGCUACGCGUUCCUCACCGGCUGCGUACUCCCUGGGGACAAGGACAGGCGGCCAGGCAUCCUGGAGAAAGGAUCUUCGGCGGGGUCCGGCCAGAGUCUGCUGUGCAGCUUCCUGCAGCUCAGCGGGGACAAGUGGGGCAGGAGCGGCUCCCGGGGCUGGUGCGUGAUCCCCCAGGACGACCCCCUGGUGCUCUACGUCUACGCGGCCCCCCAGGACACGCGGGCUCACACCUCCAUCCCGCUGCUGGGCUACCAGGUGACCGCUGGGCCCCAGGGGGACCCCCGGCUAUUCCAGCUGCAGCAGUCAGGCCAGCUGUACACCUUCAAGGCGGACUCAGAGGAGCUGCGAGACCGUUGGGUGAAGGCCAUGGAGCGGGCCGCCCAGGGCUGGGGCCCCGGGGACCCUGAUGCCGGGGACCUGUGCAACUGAACCACCAGCACUUGCUCUCUGCCCUUUGCUGUCCACUCAGAGCCUGCCUCCUGCCCUGGGACGACCCUGUGGCCCACCGGUCCAAGUCACAUAAGCGAUUCCUGUCCCCUGUGGCCAGGCCCCGGGGCCUGGGAUGGGAUCAGAAGCUAUGGGUCUGUUCCCCGGGGUAGGGAACAAACCAGUGCCCCAGUUUGCUGGGUAGAGGGGCUUCCUAUGCCAAUAGGACACCCAGUGCUAGACUGAGGAAGUCCCCAGUAACCCGGUACUAGCAGGUUCUCAACUGGGGCUGCUCACUAGCGCCCCCUGGGAAGUUUUUACAAAAUACCGCGACAGGCAUGGGGCCCAGCGGUAGAGCUGCCAGUUAAGAGGCCUGCAUGGCAUGUCACAGGGUUUGGGGACAAGUCCUGGCCCUGCUCCCAAUUCCAGCUUCCUACUAGUGUGCACCCUGGGAGGCAGCAGACGGCAGACCACAAGCACUUCUGUCCCUGGCACCCACACGGGAGACCCAGAUGGAGUUCCAGGCUCCUGGAUUCACUCCUAGUCAGGAGCCAUUCAA